GGAAUUUCAUUGCCGCCUGUCGGCAGUGUAUACCAUGGAAAAGUGACACCUCUAAUAUCGGCCGAAGCUUUCGUUAUUUUUUGAAAAUUAUUCACUUAAUUUGCUUGCUGUUUUCCCGGGGGACGUGUGCUUUCGUGAUGAAUGAAUGCGACGGUUAAAUUGCAGCCAGCGUUCCUUGCGUGUGCCCAGGAGUGUCGCCGUCGCAUCCAAUUUGGAACCUCUAUCUCAUCUUAGACCGCUCUUUGGCGGGCUUCUCGACAGUGUAUAAACAGUUGUGUUACAAUGGCUGCAACUGCAAUCGCACCUAAUGGAGUUCCAUGAGGGGUUCUCGCCUAGAUUCGAUAGUGUCAAGCCUUCGGCGGAAGCGCGUCUAGCUCGGCAGCGGCAGAACCAUGACCUCCCUACUGGCACCAACCACCCAGGUGCAUCAACGCAAUAACAACAAGAAGACAGGCGCUGAAAUCGAAGAUGCCACCGCCGUUCCCGACUCCACCACCACUGUGGAACGCAAACCCCCUUCCGAAUUUACUGCAGGUCAGGACAUUCUGUGGAAGCACAAGGAUGGCCGUUACUACUUUGGUAUGGUUGUUGAGGUGGACAGUAUUCGAGAACAGUGCUUGGUGAAGUUUGGUGACAACACAGACAACUGGUCAUGUUUCAAAGACCUUGUGAAGCUGAGCACCUCCGAACAGGAACACCUGUGCGUGGUGUGCAAGAAAUCAGCACCUAAGAGCAAGCAGGAGAUCACAGUGUGCUACAAAUGCGGUAGGGGGUAUCAUCAAAAGUGUCAUCAACCUGAGAUCCCGGCCAAUUGCCACAAAGAAGAUUCAAAUUGGAUGUGCAAAAGGUGUUUAGAUGCAGAGCCCCACAGGCAGAGGAGAAGCACUGACUCCAGAUUAAUGAAGAAGGAUUCUGUCCGGAAAUCUGAUACCACUGCAUCAUCUGCUAUUACCAAACUGCCUUAUGAAUCGCCUACAUCAGUAUCAGCACCACCGACGCCUCCGACUUCAGACUCUAGCAAUACCGGCCUAGAGUCUACUGACUACUCGGAGCAGUCCAGCAAUAUCGUCUUGAAAAAGGAAACAUUGCAGGAGUUGAAUACGCCAUGUGAUACAUCGGAUGACGAGACCUCGUCGAAAAGCACACUUGACCUCAUCAUCCCUCCACCCAAGGACUUCGAAGGAAAGAAUAAUCCUUUCAUUGCAUUCCUACGGAGCAACACGGACGAGCAUACCAAGAAGAGGAGAAGUAAGGACUCUAUCACGCUACCGCUUCCUUUGACUGCAGUUAUUACGGGGCGACCAAUCGUUCGCCCCUUGAAACGGCAGCUCAGCGAGAAGGACAUAUGCAUCGGACCAAAUGGGGAAGUCAAGAGACGUCGUUUGAGACGGAGCAGGAGCGGUCAACAAGUGCCCGCUAACUACGGACAAACUGCAAGCAAAACUGCAGCAGUAGUGCCAGUAAGACCCGACGCCAAUGACUGGAAUCAGAGGAGUCUAAGGUCGAAUCUUAACGCAACCGGAGCAUCUUCGUCCACGAAUACGCAGAUUUCCAGCUGCGUGGAUUACGCGCUUAACGGCAGACGACUGAGGACAAGACAAGACAAAAGUGUAGAGAAGGAUAAGAAACCGCCGACGCCAAAGCCCAGCCCGGUUAAACAGGAGCAGGACAUCAGCAUGGACGACCUGAAGAGUUCAGUACACAGCUACUUCGGGGCGGCCACCCGCAUUCAGGACGGGGAGAGAUUCACAGUGAAGGCGAAACGGUACGGUCCGACCGGUAAGCUUGAGUAUCUCAUGGAGUGGGAGGGCGUCAGUAAUGGAAUGACCUGACUUUAAAUUGUUCGCUUCGCCCCGUCCCACCCAUUGCAACCUGAAAGAACAGUUCGAGUGAAGCUAAAAAUAGGAAACAAACUAUACCAGAACACUUAAUUAUUUUAUUAUACAUUACCUUCUCAUACACGACAUGGACACAAGAUCGUUAUUUUUUAUACGCGUGCAUUUACAGGGUGUUGUUGAUCUUGAGUUUCCUUCAACUCGCCCAAUGGCGAGAGAAGCAUUUUUAGUUUUAAUAAAUAUGCAAUGGUUCUUUCAGUCGUAUCAAGACACAAUUAGACAGAAAUGCAACGAAACAUACCAAUCCGGCGACAUCCCCACGAACAGAAUUGAAUAAUCAAAGGUGAUAUUUUCAUCUCCGCUCUCACUAUAAAAUAAUGGUAGAACAAGAAGACAUACAAAAAAAGAAUUUAAAGAGAAUAGGAA